AUGGAGUAUGGUGAUGAAGGAUUUAUGAGUAAUAUUCGUUGCUCUGUUGGCAAAGGGAAUAAAAUUCUGUUUUGGUCUAGCUUGUGGUGGGGGGACCAAACCUUUCAAUCCUAUUUUCCGGACUUGUUUGAUGUUUCAACAAAUAAAUUUUCUACUAUUUUCGAUUCUGUUAACAGGUUUGGUGAGGGCAUUAGUUGGCUGCCAACUGCGUUUAUGGGCUCGGCGGAUACAGUAGCUGCCUUCACAGCCUCCAGCGCUGCUUUCGGUUUUCAGUGGCAGCAGCUCAACUCUCUGCUGGCUGCGGUUCGGUUCAGCAGUAGUGGGGAGGAUAAUUUCGAGUGGUUUCCGAAUCUCACAGGGACAUUUUCUAUGGCUUCUGUUUCACAAAUGAGUGCUGCUGUCAAGUGUUGUGCUUGGCAGCCCCAAACGAUUAGCUUGCUGAAAAUUUCGUGGAAAUUGUCGCUUCCGCUAAGGAUCCAAAUUUUUGCUUGGAGAUUUUUUACCUCUAGACUUCCUACAAAAGAUGCAUUGAUUUCAAGAGGUGUUGUCAACAUUCCUAAUCAGUGGUGUGUUUUUUAUGGGAACGUUCCGGAGUCGUUGCCGCAUAUCUUCUUCUCUUGUCAUGUUUCUUUGAAGGUGUGGGAGAGGAUUUUUGUGUGGUUAGGGGAAGAGGUUCUUUUUUCUUUUGAAGAGUUCUUAGAGUUUGAUGUUGUUCAGGAGAAGGUUAAGGCUGUCAAUGUCAGGGUGAAGAUCAAUACGAUUUGGAUGGCUUUGAUUUGGAGUAUUUGGAGCAUGCGUAAUUCCAUUAUUUUUUACCAAGUUCCUUUUUGUUUUGACAUGGUGGUCUAUAAUGUUAUUUAUUUUUCUUGGAGUUGGUUAGCUAGAAUUGUUUUGAACACUUCUAUCUCCACCUUUUAUGAGUGGUACAAGUUACCGCUUGAUUGCUUUUCGAAUGUGUAA